UAUGUUAUCAUAAGCUCUUUGAAAGUUGAAAGUUAAAGAAGGAAGUUGGUAUCACUAAUUGAAAACCCGACGGUAAAUCCGCAAGUCUAACGCUAUCAGUUUGAGCUUCAAGAUGGAGAAACAAACUGAGAAAAAUGACGUCGUUGAUGGUGAUGAAAGGGAAAGAGACAUCAUUGUCAAAGAAUCUUUCUCAAUCUUCAUUAAGAAGAACCUGUUGAUAAUUCUUCUGCUAACUGCACUGGUGUUAGGAUGUAGCCUCGGGUUCAUAUUAAGACUAGCCACUGACAUCGAAUUCACAGACGACCAGGUUGAAUACAUCCUGUUCCCUGGUGUUCUCUUUCUCAAUAUGUUGAAGGUUUUGAUUAUCCCAUUGAUUGUCUCCAGUCUGAUAUCUGGUAUGGCAAACCUGGACCAACAGGCGUCUGGCAAACUUGGUGCCCGUGCCGUCAUAUACUACUUCUCGACUACCGCGAUCGCCGUUAUUCUUGGCAUCAUUAUGGUGGUUACUAUUCAACCUGGAAAUGUUGCCGACGAUGAAGACAUUGACAGAAUUGGAACUUCAGAACCAGUAGAUACUGCUGAUGCAUUUAUGGAUCUCUUACGAAAUAUUUUCCCGCCAAACAUUGUCGAAGCCUGUUUGAAAACAUACAAGACCCGACAGGUAGAGACGGAUGACAUGGAUAUGGACGAUAUGAACGAAACUGAAGAGGCAGUAAUGUACAAGUCGGUUGGCGGAUUUGAGGACAAGUCUAAUAUCCUCGGCAUCGUCGUGUUCUCCGUCGCUUUCGGAAUCGUUCUUGGAAGGAUGAAGGAAGGUGGCGACCCGUUGAGGGCGUUUUUUAACUCGCUAAAUGAAGCAGUCAUGCAACUUGUGAAGAUUGUGAUCUGGGUGUCACCGAUCGGUAUCUUUUUCCUCAUCAUGGGCAAGAUCAUUGAAAUGGACGACUGGGCGAAGAUGUUCUCCCAGAUCGGCAUGUACAUGGUGACAGUUAUCGCAGGCUUAUCCAUCCAUGGCAUAAUCAUACUUCCAUUGAUAUACUUUGUCUGUGUCCGGAAGAAUCCAUACAGGUUUUUGAGCGGGGUCACUCCAGCCCUUAUGACGGCGUUUGGAACCGCGUCGAGCUCUGCUACGCUACCACUGACCAUCAACUGCUUGGAAGAGCACAACCACGUGGAUAAACGCGUAACGCGUUUCGUACUCCCAAUCGGAGCUACGAUAAACAUGGACGGUACCGCCCUAUACGAAGCAGUUGCUGCGAUUUUCAUUGCCCAGGUGAACGGAAUAGAUUUGGACUUUAAAGAUAUAAUAACUAUCAGUAUAACUGCAACUCUUGCUAGUGUGGGUGCCGCGGGAGUGCCGCAAGCUGGGCUUGUUACCAUGGUGAUCGUACUCAAUGCGGUUGGUCUUCCAGCCGAAGACGUCACAUUGAUCCUUGUAAUUGAUUGGUUCUUGGAUCGUAUUCGAACCACGGUGAACGUUGAGGGCGAUUCUUUUGGCGCGGGAAUAAUUGCGCACUUGUGUCGGAAGGAUUUAGCAUCGGUUGACGCGGCUACUGAUGUUGACAAACUACCCUCCAAGCACGAGUACACAAAUGGAGGCUACGACGAACCAACGUUUAUAAACCUUGAUGAUGAUGAUACUAAAUUCUAAAGUUCCCGGAUGAAGUGACUAACAGCUUUACUCCACACCAACUCUAUGUCGACGCUUAAAUCUAAUUGUGUCGCAUUUUUCCUUGAAAGUAUAAUUUUCGCUAAUCUUACAACUAAGCACACCUAAAUUUCACUACCAAAUGACGUGGUUUUCUUCGCACAGGUCCUUCGGGCCUGAGGCGGUACAGCAAGUCUUCUCAUAACUAGCGCUUUGCUUCCUAAACUGCGGUGGCGGACCUUCCCUUUUAUUUCUACCAAUCCUCUUAUAAGCCUACCUUUGGAGUCCUUAGGAGGUCGGCUUCCUCGCCAGCACCAGAAUCAAUAAACAAUGGCGCAAUAUACAAAUGUUUGUAAUAUACAAUAAGAGGAUAUCAGCAUAUAUAAAUAAAUAUAUAUAUAUAUAUAUAUAUAUAUAAUAUAUAGGCCUAUAUGUAUAUAUAGAAGCUUGGCUCACCACGCCUCCGCAGUCAAGUAGGACGUUUUCCAUGUACACGAAAGGUUCGGGGUUCGAUUCCCGGUGUUUUUUUUUUUUUUAUAAAUUAAUACAGUACUGAUAUACUCGUAAGUAGGCAUUAUACGCAGACUUUGUUAACAAUCAGUUCUAAUAUCUGAUUAAGUGUCGAUAUAUAAUAUAAUUAGUCUCACAAUAUGUGGGGAUAGAUACCUUCUAUUGUGUGGGCUUUGACUUUUAAAGUUGCUUAGAGAACACCUCUUGCAAGUUUCUGUGUGUAUGGGUUAAUAAUAUUUUUUUAAUUGAUGUACAGUUUCUUAAAUA